AUGGAUGACGACGUGGUCCUGUCGGACGCCGAGCUGGGCUCCACUUGCAAGGUCUGCGAAAAGAAAAUGUUCGAGUGUGAGCCCCAGAGGCGGAGGCGCUCGUCCGCGUUGUCAUACUCCUAUGGACUCUCCGACUCCAAUUCAGCGUCGGUGGACUCGGACGUGUACGAUCUGCCCAAGAAAGCGGAUGCCUUCCUUGACCAGACUAAGGGCUACGAUGAUGACUACUAUGGGGAGAGUUCCUCGAGCACCAGGACUUACGAGGAGCCUGACGCCUGUCACCACCGGAUACAUGAUGAUCAUUUUUUCUCUUCGGAAGACGAGGGCAAGGAUGGGGAACACCCCGUGUAUGGCCGGGACAGUGCCCACCACAGCACCGCGCACUACCACCGCGUUUCCAACGUCUCCAGAAGCUCCCCGGGCCUGUACUAUUAUCCCACAUCCUCCUCCACCUCUUCUGCGUCCUCAUCUUCAUCUCCCCCACCCUCGUGGCUCACCUGCCGUGCCAUCCGGCCAGGGAAGCAGGCUGCUGGGGCUGGUUUGGGCCAGGACCGCCAGGUCCCACUCUGGGGCCAGCUGUUCCUUUUCCUGGUCUUUGCUGCCUUCCUGCUCUUGGUUUACUACUCUAUGCAGGUUGAGGAUGGCAGCCCCUUCUAA